AUGUAUCCAUCGACGUUAAGUGAGUUUUUUCUUCCAAAUAAAAAGAUUUUUUGAAAUUUCAAAAAAUUUAAUAACAUUUUCAAAAUCUCGAAAAUAAAAACAUAUAAAUAUAGGAAAGAGAACAAAGUGGUUUUUGCUGAGAAGCUGGUAGUCUUAUAGAAGCGCACAAAAGAACGGAAACAGGCGCUUCCGCACCUUAUUUCCUGACUGACUUUGGGGUGUUGGGCGCAGUUCCUUCCAGAUCGCCCGGAAACUAUUCUCUUUUUAUUUAUUCGAGUCUUUUUUUGACUUCUAGGCACUUUUGAGAAUACUUUUCCAGAGUUAGAAUUCUUGUCUCAAACACAAGAGUCAAUUGAACACGUCUUCUUGAUUCAAGUAUUAAAUAAUUCUUAUGUAUUUCGAAGCUGAAGUGUUAAAAAGUUCUAAAAGUCAGCAAUUUCAGACUAGAAAAAAAGUUAAAAAUUAAAAAAAUAGAUGCCUUAGUUUGCUAAACUCUUUCUAGGGUUCACUGCUGGACAUCAUCUAGCUCUAGGGUUGGAUUCUUGACGAAAGACAUCUUAGAGAUUACUAUUAGUUAACUGAACAUUUGCCAAGCAGCAAAAACUUGACUUCCAAUAUUUUCUCUGGGGUUGACUGCUUGACAUAACCUAGUCAUAGAGUAGGAUGUUUGACCAAAGGAAUCUUAAGGGACCCCUAAUCGUUUCAUCUUACCAAGCAGUGACAAUUUAACUUCCAAAAUUAGCUUUAGGGCUUACUCCUUAAGACUAUUUAACUCUAGUGUUCACUGCUUGGCCAAAGGAACACUUUAUUUGAAUUUCAUUAAUGCGGUGUCCAAAGUAAAAAAUUAAAAAAAAAACGCGAAAAUAUAUCGUCCAAAGUCUAAUUAUCUGCGUCUCUUGAUCAUACACACUAUUUCUCUGUUUCGUGUCUGCGUCUCUCGAAUAUACGCACUAUUUCUCUGUUCUGUAUAAGGCGAGCUUUGGACGAUAUAUUCUCGCAUUUUUUGCUAUAUUUUUUACUUUGGACAUCGCAUUACAUAUUUGAAUUUCAUUCUCAAUUUUUUCAGAUGGUUAUGGUAAUAUUUGUCAAUCUCCAGCAACCCAAUGGGACACAUCAUUAGCUUCUUCAAAUCCUGAAACUUCACGUAUCACAGAAGGUCAGUUUUCACAUUUUUCUUCUCCUAUUUUUUCAUCAUCAACACCAAAAAAAAAUCUAUUAACACAUGCAAAUUUUAUAAUGAAAUAUGUCUUUCGUUUUUUCCCUCAAUUCCAACCUUUCUAUUUCAUAUUCUCUUUCUUCAUAUACAGUAUUCAUAUGUUUUUCAAAUCUUAUUAGCCAAGAAAUUCAUUCCAAUUCAAAGAUUUUGGGUGAAAUGAUGUGUGAGAGACACAUGCUUGAAUGAAGAAGUUAUGUGUAGGUGCUCCAAACACCAAUAAUAGCUCCAAGGUGAGGGGGGAGAAGACAAAAUCUUGGAAAUAAAGAAAACAUAAUAACUUUUUGUGGUUUUUUUCAUGGAGGAGCAAUUAUCGAUUUUUGCUACUUUUCAGAAAUAUUUUAUAAUUGCAAACAUGGAAAAGCACAAUGAAAAACUUUCAAACUGGAGUAAUUAGAAAACAGGGAAACUUUUGGAAAUACGUAGGAAGUGUAGUUGAAAAAGGGGAAGUCUAGGAGUUGAUUUUAUGACGGGACUUAUGUUUGCCACGUCAUAAAAGUUUUGGUAACUUUAACAGUUGAAAAAACAUAUACACAACUCACCCAGACUAUAAUUAGGCCCCAAAUAUAAAUCUCAAAGCUUCAAAUUGAAUGUAUAAACUUCUAUUCUCUGAAAAAAGUUCCCUUUUCAUGUUGAAACUUGAUUAACCAUUUUCAAGAGACAUAAUUCCCCCAAAACAAUAAAAUAAACGUCACAAUUUUUUGACAUCACCUAGAAAGUCUAGUGUAAUUUGUAAUAACCCCAUUCUCAUUCUUUCUCAUUCUCAAAUACCAAAAAAAAAUGAAAACAGUUCGGUUUCUGUCAAAUCAAAUUAAUUUAACCAUAAUGAUAGUUUAGAAAAUGGAAAAAAUAAUAAGACACAAGAUUUUUAAUUAACAUGGUGUUAUUUCAGGAUGUAUGCAAUAUGCCAAUGCAAUUUCUCGUCUUCCAAAUAGCGGUCAGUUAAAAUAAAAAAUAAAAACAUCAUAGAACUAAAGUGUAUUUUAGGAACUGGUCAAAUUCAACUUUGGCAAUUUUUGCUGGAACUAUUGGCUGAUGCAGUAAACACAACUUGUAUUGCUUGGGAAGGAAACAAUGGAGAGUUCAAAUUAGUGGAUCCAGAUGAAGUGGCAAGAAAAUGGGGAGAACGGAAAAGGUAUUAUGACCAACAUUGAUUUUGAUAUACAUACAUAAUUUAUGAAUUACAGUAAGCCAAAUAUGAAUUAUGACAAAUUGAGCAGAGCACUUCGUUAUUAUUAUGAUAAAAAUAUAAUGACCAAAGUUCAAGGGAAACGAUAUGCUUAUAAAUUUGAUUUUCAAGGAUUGGCACAAGCUUGUCAAAGCGCAAUGAUUCCAAACAAUCAAAAUGGUGAUUUAACUCUUUCACCAUAUUCGAAUCGUGAGUUUUAUUAGACUUUUGAUUGUUGGAAAAUACUUUUAAAUCUUUGAAAUACACGUCCAGUCUAUUUUUGAAACAUUACUUUUCUGUAGACAUUUUUCCAUAUUUAUUCCAAGUUUUUUUUUUCCAGAGAUCCUUCCGAUGUCUGUGACUAGUCGUCUCACAAAUCAAUCAUAUCCGUCAGUUGUGCCAACACCAAAUAAUCCAGUACAUAUGCCAACUUCUGUAAGUUUCAGCAAGUUUUUGCUCAACUCAAUUCAUCUUCUUUUCAGACAAAUGGUUAUUGGAGUUCUCAUCAAACACAGGGUUUAUCAUCGUAUUCUGGAAUGCCAUCAACAUAUUGA